AGAGAGCGAUAAAGAGAGAGAGGGAGAGAGAGAGACACUCAUGUCCUGGUCAGAACACGCCGUGACAUCACCGUGACAUCACUGUGACAUCAUGAGCUCCCCCACCGGGCGCACAGACGCUGAGAAGAUGAAAAGGUCUCAUGUAGGGGACCCGGGACCCCCUAACAUCCUGGACUUGGAGCUGAUGGAGGAGUGGCAGGACGAUGGCUUCCCCAGGCCUCUCCCCGAGGAUUGUGGGAGUCCAGAGGAGACGGAGGGUGCAUCGGGCGGCGAGCGGCGACCAGUCCCUCCCCCCAGCCUCGACCUAUCAGGAGCCAGCGGGGGCGGGGCUAAGAAGCGUCUGCCGGCCCCGCCCCUCAGCCUAUCGCUGAGCCGCGGGGACUCGGUGGACUUCUCGGCCGCGGCGCUGUCGGCCACGCCGGACGAGACGCUGUCCUUCGACUUCAACCUGGAGGCCCUGGAGACGCCAUCAGGCAGCGAGACGGGCACGCUGGGGGACGAGCUGGAGUGGGACGAUGACCUCCCCCGCAUGGCGAGGGCUGGGGGGGGCGUGGCCCGGAGCCCCGUGGAGCCGUUGGGGGGUCUGGAGGGUCUGGAGGGUCUGGACCAGGUGGACACUAGGGGGCGUCUCUGGAGGAGGUUCUCCAUCAACGGACACGAGUUCCACGUCAACAUGAGCGUCCUGGAGCCAUACCUGCAGGUGCUGUCCCACGGAGGUUACUGUGGAGACGAGAUGAACGCCGUCAUCCUCUUCACUUCCUGUUACCUGCCAGAGAACACGGUGGAGAACUACGAGUACGUCAUGGACAACCUGUUCAGGUACAUUGUGGGGACCUUGGACCUGAUGGUAUCAGAGAACUACCUGCUGGUCUACCUGUGUGCCAUGGCGCCCAGAAACAAGCUGCCAUCCAUCCGCUGGCUGCAUCAGUGCUACACGUCCUUAGACAGGAGGCUAAAAAAGGACCUGAAAGGUCUGCUGGUUGUCCAUCCGGCCUGGUACAUCAAAGCUCUACUCACCCUGGUCAAACCCUUCAUCAGUGAGAAGUUCAGCAGGAAGAUUCAGUUCAUCCAGACUCUGCAGGAGUUGUCUCAGUUUGUUCCCACAGAAAGACUACAGAUCCCAGACGCCAUACGCCAGUUUGAUGAGAAGUUGAGCAGAUGACAUCCCAGAAAGGACUGAUCCUAAAGACUUUCUUCAUUUCAUAUAAAUUCUCUUUUUUGUUGAGUUUGUCGCGUUUUUUUCCGACAUUUUUUUGUUCCAUUUUUACAACUUUUUCACUCUUUU